CGCGAACUUGACGCACCGUGAGUGUAGCUAAACAUCCAGCAGCAUCCCUGGGGCUUGACAGACCACAAAUUUACCGAAUUGGACGCUUUAACGUCUUUUGGUCAGCAUCAUGGGGGAACUAUUCAGGAGUGAGGAGAUGACCCUGGCCCAGCUGUUUCUCCAAUCGGAGGCAGCUUACUGCUGUGUCAGUGAACUGGGAGAACUUGGCAUGGUCCAGUUUAGAGAUCUUAAUCCAGACGUGAACGUGUUCCAGCGCAAGUUUGUGAAUGAAGUGAGGAGAUGCGAGGAGAUGGACAGAAAAUUGAGGUUUGUGGAGAAAGAGAUCAAGAAAGCCAAUAUCCCAACUGUUGACACCGGAGAAAAUCCAGAGGUUCCCUUUCCAAGGGAUAUGAUUGAUCUAGAGGCUACAUUUGAGAAGUUGGAAAAUGAAUUGAAGGAGAUCAACACCAACCAGGAAGCCUUGAAGAAGAACUUCCUGGAGCUGACGGAGCUCAAGCAUAUUCUUCGUCGAACACAGCAGUUCUUUGACGAGAUGGAGGAUCCCAACUUGCUGGAAGAGUCAUCAGCUCUAAUGGAGGGCAACGAGGGGGGCAGAGGAGCUCCUCUCAGAUUGGGAUUUGUAGCCGGAGUAAUAAGCAGAGAGAGAAUUCCAACAUUUGAAAGAAUGCUGUGGCGCGUGUGUCGCGGUAACGUUUUCUUACGGAAGGCCGAGAUCGAGGACCCGCUGGAGGACCCCACGACGGUCAGUACACAAAUAAAUCAUAUCGGUAGUGCACAAGGUAAAUUUUUAAUGAAAUGUGUUGCUCUCCAACAGGGGGACCAAGUCCACAAGUCGGUCUUCAUUAUUUUCUUCCAAGGUGAUCAGCUGAAGAACAGGGUGAAGAAAAUCUGUGAAGGGUUCCGUGCGUCUCUCUACCCUUGUCCAGAGACACCACAAGAGAGAAAGGAGAUGUUGGCUGGCGUCAACAGCCGGAUUGAUGAUCUCCAAAUGGUGCUAAACCAAACCGAAGACCACCGUCAGCGAGUGUUGCAGGCCGCCUCCAAGACCAUGAGAGUUUGGUUCAUCAAGGUUCGAAAGAUGAAAGCCAUCUACCACACUCUCAACCUGUGCAACAUCGACGUGACCCAGAAAUGUCUGAUUGCCGAAGUCUGGUGUCCCGUCUCGGAUCUGGAUUCCAUUCAGUUCGCUCUGCGGAGAGGAACGGAACGAAGCGGCUCAACUGUGCCGUCGAUCCUCAACAGAAUGCAAACCAAGCAGACUCCGCCCACUUUUAACAAGACUAACAAGUUCACCUCCGGCUUCCAGAACAUUGUGGAUGCCUAUGGCAUUGGAAAUUACAGGGAAAUCAAUCCAGCUCAAUACACCAUCAUCACCUUCCCUUUCCUGUUUGCUGUCAUGUUCGGUGACAUGGGUCACGGCCUUCUCAUGACCUGCGCCGCUCUCUAUUUAGUCAUUCGAGAAAGUCGCCUCCUUGCCCAGAAGACUGACAACGAGAUGUUCAAUAUGGUGUUUGCCGGGCGCUACAUCAUCUUGCUGAUGGGGAUCUUCUCCGUCUACACGGGCAUCAUUUAUAAUGAUUGCUUCUCCAAAUCACUUAACAUGUUCGGCUCUGGAUGGAGCGUGAGGCCCAUGUUCGGGCCCAAAGGAGCCAACUGGUCGUUCGAGACGCUCGAAGGAAAUGCAGUGCUACAGUUGGACCCAGCAAUUCCCGGUGUAUUUAAUGGACCUUAUCCUCUCGGAAUUGACCCGAUAUGGAACGUUGCCACCAACAAGCUGACGUUCCUCAACUCCUUUAAGAUGAAAAUGUCUGUCAUCCUGGGUGUCAUUCACAUGCUGUUUGGAGUCUCUCUCAGUCUUUUUAAUCAUCUGUACUUCAAGAAGCCUCUGAACAUAUUCCUGGGCUUCAUCCCCGAGAUUGUCUUCAUGUCCAGCUUGUUUGGUUACCUGGUCCUGUUGGUCUUCUACAAAUGGACAGCUUACGAUGCAGUCACUUCAAAAGACGCUCCCAGUCUGCUCAUCCACUUUAUCAACAUGUGUCUCUUCAAUUACAGUGAUCCCACGACUAAAUCCCUCUACGCGGGACAGAUGGGGAUCCAGGUUUUGUUGGUGCUCAUUGCCCUUGCAUGUGUACCCUGUAUGCUGGUUGUGAAAACCAUGGUGCUUCGACGUCAGCACCUGUGGAAAAAGCACCUGUCACAGACGAGGCAAGAAACCCCUGCAGAGAAUCUAGCGCAAUCUUUAGAGAAAACAGGCGUGUCCUCAUCAUGCACCGGACUCACCCAACAGGGCACGCAGAAGUUCGGAGGGGUGCGGGUGGGCAACGGGCCCACGGAGGACGAGGCUGGCAUCAUGGACCACGACCAGCUCUCGCAACACUCAGAGGAGGGAGAUGAGCAUGCAGAGGAAGAGCCGUUUGACUUUGGUGACGUGGCUGUCCAUCAGGCGAUCCACACCAUUGAGUACUGUCUGGGAUGCAUCUCCAACACGGCCUCUUAUCUCCGUCUCUGGGCCCUCAGUUUGGCUCAUGCACAGCUGUCAGAGGUGCUAUGGUCCAUGGUGAUGCACCUCGGUUUGUCUUCCCGGAGUGGGGGCGGCUUCUUCGGCCUCACCAUUAUCUUCGCCGCAUUCGCUACGCUCACGGUUGCCAUUCUGCUCAUCAUGGAGGGGCUGUCCGCCUUUUUGCAUGCCUUGCGUCUUCACUGGGUGGAGUUUCAAAAUAAGUUUUAUUCCGGCCAGGGAUUCAAGUUUGUCCCCUUUUCAUUCGAGAGCAUCCUGGAGGGAAGAUUUGACGAAUGAUCAUCAUCCCGUCAGCGUGCAUGAACCCUCGCGCGAUCCUCUACGUCCCUCUAGUGGUUGUGUGUGACAUCCGUAUACUGUAGGUACACGUACUGUAUAUUGUCAGAAGUUUCCAGCUGUACUCAUUCUGGAACCCGUCACGCUGGCAUCGUGUUUUCCGCCUGUCGAGCAGAUUUCCUUUUAAUUGUUUUCAUUAGCUGCAACGGUGAAAUACUGCAGGUGUAAUUUCCUGUUUUUGAGUCUGAAUGGGCAUGUUUGUGCACAACUUCUAUGUGGAAAAACGUCCCUUGCCUGAUCAGUACAAGGAAAUAUACAGUACUGUAGUUGUGGCACAGCCAAGUGUAAUGAAUUGAAUGAGUCAUCAGCGAAAAUGCCAAAUGGACAAAUGUAGUCCAAAUCAUGAAAUAUGUCAAAUUAUGGGUCUUAAUAGCAGAAUGAUUCUGUAUUUCGAGUAUGUCGGGCAUUGAUGGCAAUAUUUAUGUAGAUCCGUAUCGCUACUUUAAUAUUAUUUCCCUACAAAGUUAUAGACUAUAUUAAAAAAACAAACACACGCACAAAGUAAUGUUAUUCAGAGAUGACAAAAAAAACUACAGUGGUAUGAAAAAGUAUCUGAACCUUUUGGAAUUUUUCGCAUUUCUGCAUAAAAUCCCAAUCAAAUGUGAUCUGAUCUUUGGCAAAAUCACACAGAUGAAAAAACAGUGUCUGUUCUAAUAUUUUAAUGAGGAUAGCAUGCAAACAAUGACAUAUAGGGGAAAAUAAGUAAGUGAACCCUCUGCCUAACGAGACUUAAAGAGCAAUAGAAACCAAUUUUUACCAAACAAUUUAAGUCAUGGGCGUGCCCAAUCACUGAUGAGUGUUUUAAAGCUGCCCUGCCACUAUAAAACACACACCUAGUAAGAAUUGUCUUAAUGAGAAGCAUUGUCUGAUGUGCAUCAUGGCUUGGUCAAAAGAUCUAUCUGAAGAACUAGGACUGUUGAUUUUUAUAAAUCUGGGAGAGGAUACAAAACCAUCUCUGAAAGUCUGGAUGUUCAUCAAUCGACAGUCAGAGAGGUUGUCUACAAAUGGAGAAUUUGGCACUUUUGCUUCUCUCCCAAUGAGUGGCCAUCCACCAAAGAUGACGCUAAGAGUUCAGCGCAAAAUACUCAGAGAGGUAAAACAGAACCUUAGCGUGUCUGCUAAAGACUUACAGAAAUCACUGGCACAGUCCAAUAUCUAUGCACACAACAACUAUAUUUAAACUAUGGUGUUCAUGGGAGGGCUCCACGGAGGAAGCCGUUUCUGUCUAAAAAAUAAAAUAAAAACAAAAAAUUUUUUUAAAUUAAAAAUAAAAAACAUCGUUUAAUGUUUGCAAAAAGGCACUUGGACACCCCACAGAAGUUUUGGCAAAAUAUUUUGUGGAUUGAUGAAACCAAAGUUGAAUUGUUUGGGAGUAACACACAACGUCAUGUGUAGAGGAAAAAAUGGAACAGCUCACCAACAUCAACACCUCAUCCCCACCGUGAAGCAUGGUGGAGUGAGCAUCCUGAUUUGGGGCUGUUUUGCUGCCUCAGGGCCUGGACAACUUGUAAUCAUUAGUGGAAGAAUGAAUUCAAAAGUUCUGCAGGAAAACCUGAGGCCGCCGUUCAGACAGUUGAACCUAAAAAGAGGAUGGAUGCUGCAACAAGACAAUGAUCCAAAACACAGAAGUAAAUCAACUUCAGAAUGGUUUCAGAAGAACAAAAUACACGUUCUGGAGUGUAUAUACUGAAGUCCAGAAUAGAACCCCAUUGAGAUGCUGUGUCAUGACCAAAAGACAGCGAUUCAUGCAAGACAUCUCAGGAAUCUGACUGAAGUACAGCAGUUUUGUAGAAAAGAAUGGGCCAAGAUUAGUCCUGAUCGCUGUGCCUGACUGAUCUGCAGCUACAGGAAGCGUCUGGUUGAAACAAAACAUAAAUGUGAUGGUUCACUUACUUAUUUCUUAACCUUCUGUCGUUGUUUGCAUACUAUCCUCAUUAAAAUAUGAAAACAUAUAAAUGUUUGGGUGGUUUUAGCUAAAGCUGACUGUUAUUUCAUCGGUGUGAUUUUGACAAAGGCCAUAUAACAUUUGAUGGUGAUUUUAGGCAGAAAAGUGAGAAAUUCCAAAAGCUUCAGAUACUUUUUCAUACUACUGUAUUGUUGGAACAUUUGAGUCAUAUAUGGUGUGUCCUGCAUGUCUUCUGUGUAAGUUGUGGAGGAUCAUUUGUUCAUAGAUGGUUAAAUAUGGAGCGAAAACAAAAAGCUCUCCCUUCAACUGAACGGUUGCCAACGUGCUGCACUCAGUAUUUAUGUUGUUUAUUCCAUGGAAAGUUAUAGACGGAGCCACAAAUACUAUGAACAUGUUUUGAUUUUCAGAUUUUAUGAAAGUUUGUGUGUUGCUAAAUUAUUGGUACUGUUGGAAGGUUAUUGUGAGUGUGUCAUCAAUAAAGAUUUGGGGUUUACAUCUUUUUCAAGCUUGUUUCUUGUCUUCCGCAGCCUAGAGCAGGGGUUUUCAGCUCAUUUAUUCGGUACAGACAGAAUCACAUGCUUUUACUUUAAUAUUUUCGCCAUAAAACUGCAGAUUUGUGCGGAAUUUGUGUGAAAAUUCCGUAAAAUCAAGAGGAAAAUAUCCAAAAUGUACAGAAAGCCCUAAAAUCAACUGGGAAUUAUCCAAAA